GCUGCCCCGGGGGCGCGGCGGCGGAGGCAGGCGGCAGCGGCGGCGCUGCAGCAGCCUCGGCGGCGGGUGCGGCAGCAGGGCCAGGCCGGGGCCUGCAGGAAGCUCCGCUGUCCCCGGAAGCCCGCGGGCCCUGCUUGCGAGCUGUGGGGCCUGAUGCAGGCGGCGCUGCCGCCGCCAGCGCAGAGGCGCACAACAUCAGCUUCGGGCCCGCGUUGCAGGGGGCCGCCGCCGCCGACGGCGGUCCAAAGUUCUUCUCGGGAGACCGCCCGGUGCGGGUGCUUGUGCGGCCGCGUGACCUUGCCUUGGAGCUGCCUUCUGGGCUGGCUCUCGACCUCACGGCGGCGCUGAGGGGCCCCAUCGGCUUCCUGCAGUGGGGGCUGAGCCCAUGGCAAAAGGUGAAGGAACGGGUCGACAGCGACCAGUCCCGGUUCCUGGCGGCGCUGAAGGAGGCGGCCGGGGACGCCACGACUGGCGGAGUGCCUCGCGAGCUUCGGUUGCUCGUGCUCAGCGGCCACAUCGGACCCGAGCUGCCUCGGCCAGGCUGGCUCGACCUCUCAAGCCGGGCCACGGCCAGCUUCGACUCCGAGGGGCGCUGCUGGGCGCGCUCCGCGAUCAACACGACCGGCCUCCACGGCGCGCCGCACCGCGCGCCCCCCCUCUCGCGCUUCGGGCUCGACGAGGGGAUGGCGCAGCUCGAGCGCGAGGCCGAGCUGGCGGGGGACUGCUACCUGGUGGUGCUGGACACGACUACUCCUUCCUGCACCGGGAGCCGGGGACGCCGGAUGCGCGGCAGUGCUGGGAGGCCCAGGUCGUGCUCAUGCAGCUGCGCAUGGGAUACGAGUCCCCCUCCGUCGUUCUGCAGGUGCAUCUCGAAUGGCCGGAGGGCUCGGCACUUGCCCGCGUGUCCCUCGCCACCCUCGCCGGCUCCGAGGUGCUCGGAAUACAUGUGGACCCUGACGCCCAGACGGUCGCGUGGCUUCAUGAACAGGCGGCGGCCGCCAUGUGCUGCUCUGGCCGGCAUCUGA